CUACCUUUGAAAUAAAGAAAGAUUGGAUGUUGAAAGUCCAAAAACAAAUUUUGUAUGACUAGAUUCCGCAUACCAACGUAAAGUGCGCCGUGUUUGGAGUUGUUGCCUAAUGAUGUCUGUGGUCAUCUUAACACUCAUAGUUUUGAGUAGUUUUUCGCUAUCUUCGAGUAGUAGAAAUAGACCAGGAGAUUCGGAUGAAAUUCUUUAUUUACCAGGCGCUUGGCCACAACCGAAUUUCAAGCAGUUCUCUGGAUAUCUCCAUGGGUCAUCUGAUAAGGUCAAUAUUCAUUACUGGCUUGUCGAAGCUGCUUCGUCACCGACGUCAGCUCCCUUAAUUGUAUGGUUUAACGGUGGGCCAGGGUGCUCUUCUUUAGAAGGUUUACUUACUGAAAAUGGUCCUUACCUUCUCCAGGAAGGACCUCGUCUCGUGGAAAAUCCAUACUCCUGGAAUAAAAUUGCUAAUGUUUUGUACCUAGAGGCCCCAGCUGGUGUGGGAUUCUCUUAUUCUACUGCUCCAUCUCAAACAUGGGAUGAUGAUCGAACUGCUUUAGACAAUUAUCAUGCAUUGCUUCAUUUCCUGAAAAAGUUCCCCGAAUAUGAAGGACGUCGUCUAUAUGUUACUGGUGAAAGUUACGCCGGUGUUUACGUGCCAACAUUAAGUCUACUUCUUUUAAAUUCAUCAAGAUUCGACUUGAAGGGCAUUGCUGUUGGGAAUGGAUUGAUUAAUUACAGAUUCAAUGAUAAUUCUCUUUUGUAUUUUAUUAAUUAUCAUGGUUUGAUUGGUGAAAAUUCAUGGAAUGAUUUAAAUAAUAAAUGUUGCGAAGAUAAAUGCUCAACCGUUUGUAUGUUCACGGAUAAUGAAUCACCUGAAUGUCAACGGAUUGUUAGUCAACUAUAUGAAACUUCUAUGAAGGGAUUAAAUGAGUAUAAUUUAUAUUCUGAAUGUGCUGGUGGUGCUGAAAUGUCAUCUUUCAAUUAUAAUCGUUCAUCAAUGUCUAUCUCUGAGUUGUCUUCCAUUCUGGCAACAUCUAAGCAAUUUAUUCAUCACGAUUUCGGUAAUCUGUUUCGUGAUAAUGUCUAUCUGAAAUAUCGCCGUUACGCUAAUUCUUUAAUACGCCAUAAUCUGACUACUCGUUUAGUUGUACCAUGUGUAGAUGAUACAGUGAUUCGUAGUUAUUUAAAUUCACCAAUAGUACGUCGAUUUAUUAAUGUAAGACUUGAUUUACCGAAAGAAUGGGAUCUUUGCAGUGAAACAGUUAACCUCAAUUAUGUUCGAAUUUAUCAUGAUCUUACAGAGCAGUAUAUGAAAUUGCUUAAAUCCAAGAUUUUUAUUUUAAUAUAUAAUGGUGAUAUUGAUAUGGCAUGUAAUUAUUUUGGGGAUGAAUGGUUUGUGGAUAAUUUAAAUCUAACGACCAUAUCUCCCCGUUCACCUUGGUUAUAUGUUGAGAAAGAUGGUACUAAACAGAUCGGCGGAUACUGGAAAUUGCUAUCAGACAAUGAAUCUAGUUUGGUGUAUACCACUGUACGAGGUGCAGGACAUAUGGUGCCACGAGAUAAACCUGCUGCAACGUUUCACAUGAUUCGUCUGUUCAUUGACUUCAAACCUUUUUAAUAUGUAGUGGAUUUCAACACGAAACUUGACCAGCUGUCUAUCUCCCUACUUCUAUUUUUGAUUCUGAUUAUUUUGUCAUAAGACGCUACUGUUUAUGCUCCUUACCAUUGUUAUAUUUGUAAUUUUGAAAAGAAAAAUUGGAAAUUGGCAUGCUUUGUAAUUGGAUGCCCCAAUCUUAUAGUAUCAUACCACUUUGAUUUUAUCUGUCUGUUUUAUAUUGUCAAAUUCGAACUUAGCUACGAGACAGAAUUAUUGUGUUCUGUUUAUCUAUAUUACCUUUUGUGCUUGAUUCCCACAUUACGACUUUAAUAGUAGGUUUUUGAUAAACGUCUGUGAUUAUUAUCGAUGGUUCGCAAAAACGUCUGUAUGAACGACUGUUUCAUGUUUUUGGUGUCUUAUUGAGCGACAUUGUGGUGUUCAAAGUGAUGAUAAGAGACCUAGAACUCAAUACACGUUUAUUAAUUUGAAAUGGAACGAUGACCAUGCCACUGCUAAAUAUAAUCCUGUUGCGUCAAUACGUAUUUAGUUCAAAGAACUUAUUAGCAUUUUCAUAUAUAGCAUUAUUCGAUUGUCCAAUUACUUGGCUAACGGAAUGUCCAGAUUUUUGUCGAUGACAUAUUGUUGAGGAACAAUUGUCUAAACUCUGAUCAUAUCUGAUAAGUGAGGUAUCUCCAACAGUUUUUUCGCUCAGUCAGUCGUGAAUAAUCGGUUGUUUGCCUGCACUUCACUAGUUAGCCAAGAAACAUAGUAGGAGCAUGCCAUUUCACACUUCUGAGAUAUGUAUGCGAUAAGUCUUUAGUUGUUUCUAACGUUUGUUUACUUUUCGAUAGCGAGUUGGUGAAAUCCACAACAAGAAUAUGGAGUAGUAUUCUGGCGGAACUUCUGGUACGGACAUUUUCGUUUUAAAGUCGUCAAACCACAACGAUGUGGAUUGAAGUAGUCAAUGAGACUGAAAUGUUCUGAUGACAUGUUUUAUUCAACGAACACCAGAAUUCUUUUUCAAGGACUGGUCGAUCCUCGUUUUUGUCUUCCAUAUGGAGAAGCACUGAUCCACAAAUAGGUUGAAUUUUUAUGGGUAAAGAAGAACUUGUUGCAGCCAGCAGUUUCGUAGCUGCGUAUUUACUUACCUCUGCUUGUGAUCGAAGUCAAUUACCUCUGAGUCCCUUAUUCAAUCACUUUUACUUUAGAGACUGAUUCAUGUUGUUUUAUCAAAACACCUUUCAAUUUGGGGAAUGCCAUGACGUCAGCAGUGCUGGGACGAAUUAGGCAUAUACUUAAGGGACGGGUCAGUCAUUUCACUCCUUUCUGUUAUUCUGAAUACCUGCCAUUUUGAGCGAUGUCAGAAAGAUUUGGGCCAAGCGUUUUGCAGUUUGGAGUAAAAUCACAAUCCCGCAUAUUGCAUUGUACUCUCAACAACCUGUCUAAACACACUUUUUGGGAUAUUCUCAUUAAAGGCAGAUACUUCAGACGCAUUGAUCGAUGUAAGCUAUAAUCCUGUACAUCAGUUGUCAUCCUAAUCGUUUUUUAAAGUUAAACUCAAUGUAUAUUAUGUCAAACAAGUCAUUACCGGAAGAAGGGAGUAUAGGAGCAAAGUGUUUUCCCCUCAAUUCACAUAGUUAAAGAUACUGUGAAAUGUGUACAUCGGCGAGCCACAAAAUCACGCAAAUUCAUGCCUCAUAGAGAGCGUCUUAAGACAAUGAAAUUUUAUCCAUUAGAGCUUGGGCGUGGCCUUUUAAUGACUUAUGGCAUCCUAAACACGCUUGGAUAUCCUAACAAAACUUAGCAGUAACACUCAGAAAUUAGGGACUCAACAAUAUUGCAACUUGGACCGAUGCACAUAUGUGCGGGUUCUUACGUUGUAGCUGACUGACUGAGAGACACAACAUAUACUAAUGAACCGAAGGAACACAUUCUACACUUUGCGAGUGGUUAAAUUCUGAAUUUCUCUGCUUGCUGAGACGGAAAAGGCGACUUUUCGAGAGUCUUUCAAGAGAAAACGUGAUAUAUUCUUGUGGACCCAGAACUGUAGUUCACAAUCACUUUCUAAUACUUCUUUGUUCUCUCAAGAUGAUGACUGCUAAAGAGUCAUUAUGAAGUAGGUUGAAUAGUACGAAUUGCCAUAUUGGUCAGUCAAAACAGAAAACCAUUUUACCUUUUGUAAAGAGCUGUUCUUGUUUCCAAAUAUAUAUACAGAAUCUCUUUUUCAUGGAGUUUUGUUCUCUGAGCUGGAUGGUUUGGUCGUGGAGCUUUCAUCGUUCUUCUGAACGAAAUCAUCAUCAGUACAAACUUCAGAUAGAAGUGAAGUGUUCGAAUUUCU